AUGUAUGUUUAUAUAGCUCAAUACAAUAGCCAAAUGCUUCAUUGCAAAUACAUUAAGCAUUCCAAAAAGAAAAACAUACUCGCAAUGGCUGCUAGAGUUGCUUCACCACUCUCCUGCUUGUGCUUGUGCUUGGCCUUGUUUCUCAUCAGCCUUUGGCUACCGUUCGCAACUCCUCGCAGGCUGGAAGAGGAAUCCUCAUCGUCAAUGUCGGCGAGGUUUGAGCAAUGGAUGGCUCUUCAUGGGCGCCAGUACAUGGAUGCAAGGGAGAAGGAGCAACGCUCCCAGAUAUUCGAGGAAAAUCUGAAAUUCAUAGACUCUGUGAAUGCGGAGGGGCGACCUUACAAACUGAGUGCAAACAAGUUUGCAGACCUCACCAACGAUGAAUUCAGGGUUACACGCAUGGGUUUCAAGGGUCAUGAAUGCGCUGCGAGGGCAUCUGAUGCUCCCUUCAUGUAUGCCAAUGUUUCAGCGCCGACCAGCAUGGAUUGGAGGAAGAAAGGGGCUGUUACUCCUGUCAAGGAUCAAGGCCAAUGCGGUUGUUGUUGGGCGUUUUCGGCUGUUGCCGCCAUGGAGGGCAUACACCAAAUCAAAACCGGCAAGCUGGUGUCUCUAUCCGAACAAGAAGUAGUAGACUGCGACACUAAAGGAGAAGAUCAGGGCUGCAAUGGGGGUCUCAUGGAUGAUGCAUUCAAAUUCAUCAUUAACAACCACGGCCUCACCACCGAGGCUAAAUACCCUUACAAGGCUGUUGAUGGCACGUGCAAGAAAGCAUCCUCGAUCGCUGCUACUAUCACAGGUUACGAGGAUGUUCCCACAAACAAUGAGAAGGCCCUGCUCAAGGCCGUCACCAGCCAGCCCGUCUCAGUUGCCAUUGAUGCGAGUGGGUAUGAAUUCCAGUUCUACUCUGGGGGCAUCUUCACCGGCAACUGUGGUACAGAACUAGACCAUGGCGUGACAGCCGUGGGCUAUGGAACCUCUGGUGGGACUAAAUAUUGGCUAGUGAAGAACUCAUGGGGCGAGCAAUGGGGGGAGGCAGGGUACAUUAGGAUGCAGCGCGAUGUUGCUUCAAAAGAGGGCCUCUGUGGUAUAGCAAUGCAACCAUCCUACCCCACUGCAUAA